UCGACAAAACCAUGGAGUCUAGUGUUUCCCUCUAGCGCCUUUAUAUUUUCUUCACUUCUCCCUCAUUAUGACCUAGUUUGAAGAUAAAAAUUAAUCCGCGAGGCAUUAGAGACAGAAUGGCUACCGAAAAAGCAGUUAAGUGGGCGUGGCGAAAGUGCGCGGCGGAAGCACCGCACGCCCUCUCUUUUCUGGACGGAACUCGCUGAGUAUAAAUGAGUCCCAACGCCGGCGGCCUCUGGUCUCGUCACCCGCUGGGCCGUCGGUUUCAUGUGGAGGCUCCUCGGUGCCCGCGCAGCGCUUCGCGGAGUCCGGAUAGCGGUGGAGCGGCGCAGCCGGGCCGCAGCGGCGACGGAGACGGCGGCAGGCGCGAUGGAGCGCGCUAUAGUGCGCUGUGUGCCCUCGGAGCCCAAGCUAAGCCUGUCAUUCGCGCUAGCCGACGGCAGCCACAAGAACAUGCAGCGCGACCAGAGCGAGCCGGUGGGUAGGGCCCUCAGCCGGAUUGCCACGAACGCCAUCAAGGGCCACGCUAAGGCGGCCACCGCCAAGAAGAGCAGGAAAAACCGGCAGAACUCCAGUGGCGGCGCGGCCUGUGCUGGGCCCGGGCCCGAGUCGGCCGCAGCCUGUGAACCCGUGGUGAAGCUGUACUACCGGGAGGAGGCAGUGGCUGAGGACGUGCUCAAUGUGGACGCCUGGCAGGACGGCGCGGUGCUGCAGAUAGGGGAUGUCAAGUACAAAGUGGAGCGCAACCCGCCCGCCUUCACCGAGCUGCAGUUGCCGCGCUACAUCAUGGCGGGCUUUCCUGUGUUCCCCAAGCUCAGCUUAGAAUUUGGGGAUCCCGCCUGCUCCCUCUUCCGCUGGUACAAGGAAGCCAAGCCAGGAGCGGCGGAGGCUGAGGUCGGUGGCCCCUCGUCGUUAUCUCCUUCCUUGCCCUCUUCGACUUGGAUGGAGACAGGUGUGGACGAGCGCGUCUACAUCCCGUCCAAUGCCGACAUCGGACUGCGUCUCUUGCUUCAUUGCACCCCAGGCAAUGGACAGCGCUUCGGGCCGAGCCGGGAGAGGGUAAGUGUGUGUCCGGUGGAGGCCGGGCCUGGCACCUGCACUUUUGACCACCGGCAUCUCUACACUAAGAAAGUGACAGAGGACGCUCUCAUCCGCACUGUCUCUUACAACAUCCUGGCAGACACGUACGCUCAGACUGAGUUCUCAAGGACGGUCUUGUACCCAUACUGUGCCCCUUACGCCUUGGGGCUCGACUACCGCCAGAACCUUAUCCAGAAGGAACUCACUGGCUACAAUGCUGACGUCAUCUGUUUGCAGGAAGUUGACCGGGAUGUGUUUUCUGACAGCUUGGCACCCGCCCUUGAGGCCUUUGGGCUAGAGGGCGUGUUUCGAAUCAAGCAGCACGAAGGUCUGGCUACUUUCUACCGAAAGUCUAAGUUCAGCCUCCUUAGCCAGCAUGACAUUUCUUUCCACGAGGCCCUGAAGUCCGACCCCCUUCACAAAGAACUGCUGGAGAAACUAGUUUUGUACCCAUGGGCGCAGGUGAGGGUGUUCCAGAGAUCUUCUGUACUUCAGGUUUCAGUUCUUCAGUGUACAAAGGACUCUUCUAAAAAGAUAUGUGUUGCUAAUACCCAUCUCUACUGGCAUCCAAAAGGUGGGUACAUUCGUCUCAUUCAAAUGGCAGUAGCCUUGGCUCACAUUAGACAUGUCUCAUGUGAUCUGUAUCCUGGCAUACCGGUUAUAUUUUGUGGGGACUUUAAUAGUACACCAUCAACAGGAAUGUAUCAUUUUGUCAUCAAUGGAAGCAUUCCAGAGGAGCAUGAAGACUGGUCUUCCAAUGGGGAAGAGGAAAGAUGCAACAUGUCUCUUACUCAUUUCUUCAAACUGAAAAGUGCUUGUGGUGAACCUGCUUACACAAAUUAUGUUGGUGGCUUUCAUGGAUGUCUAGAUUACAUUUUCAUUGACUUAAAUGCUUUAGAGGUUGAACAGGUGAUUCCAUUACCCAGUCACGAAGAAGUUACCACCCACCAGGCCUUACCUAGUGUUUCCCAUCCCUCUGAUCACAUAGCGCUUGUAUGUGAUUUAAAAUGGAAAUAGAUUUGUGUUUAAUGAAAGUUGUUUUAGGUGUGAAAAGGAAGUUACUUUAGCAGAAAAUUUAAUAUGAAUCAAAGCUUAUGUAACGCUUAAAGGGGAAAUUAGACACUAAGGUAAAAUGUUCAUACCCUACUAGUUACGCUCCAGAUGCUUUAUUAUGAAACUGUUCAUAAUGUUUGCAUCAUAGUUUAUCUUUGCUUUUCUUCCCCCUACACUUGGAGGAAAAACAUUUAUGACUUGCAAGAAGAAAACUGAAUUAUUGUGUACAUUUUUUUACAAGUGGUUUUUUUAGCUAGUAAUUAAGAAUUUUUAAAGUACGAUUUGAUCUUAUUUUUCUUUUAUAACAUUACAUUCCAAAUUGAAUCAUGUUUAUAUAAUUAGGGGAAAAAAUGCAAGUUAAUGUGAGAGACCUAAGUUCUGACACAUGGAAGGAAUAACAUUAGGGUCUACCUCUACCUCAAUUUGGUUAGCAAUUUGCUGCAAUUUCAGAGCUUUAACAAAAGAUUAAAAUAUAUCACUUGGUAUUGCUUCUUAUCCUUCAUUUUUCAACUAACAAGGUAUUUUUCAUUCUCUGAUAAAGGAUUUUAGUUUUAGUGUAUGGUACAAAUGGACAUAAUUUAUAUUCUCAUUCUUACUACAGUUCAUUUUAAUUUUUAGAUUGCAAGCACAAUUUAGUAUAGAAAGUGAGUAGCAACAUAUUCAACUUGAUCCCAUUUUAUGUUGUUACUCUUGCCUAGGAAAAAUGUUCAUAAAUCAACAGGAUUUUUGACCUAGUGUCAGAGUAAGAUAGCACAACAUAAUUACUUUAUGAGAAACUACCUACAGAUAUGGGCUUGAAAUUUUGGGUGAACCGUUGAGCAUUUCUAUGCUUAGAAAUAUUUUUGAAAUUGCUGGGUUUUUAUAAACAUGAAAAAGGGGAGUAGUGGAACUUUUGAGCAUCUCCAAAAUAAAAAACUGCUUUAUAGACAUGAGCAUUAUAGUUUGAGUUACAGGACAACACUGUGUGUAUAUAAUUUAUAUAUGUAUUGUAAAAGAAAACUUAAACAUGAAGCAAAACUCUUUAAAAUUAGAAAUUGCAAGCAGUUGUAUUAGUGUCUAGCCUAGAGUGGCAACUGAUCUUUACUAACUCAGUUUUCACCAUACAUUAUUUAUAAUGCUUUUGCUGUUGCUCUUUUGGUGUUCAGGAUAACUAAUGUUGAUGCGUAUUUUCUGCACUUAAUUUCUAGCUCAGGUAUUAAAAGCCCACCCACCUCAAGAAGAACUUUGAUUUUCUCCAGUCAUGAAAGCCCUUGUUUCAAAUUCUUUAAUCUCUGAACCUAAUAAUUGUCUUUUGAUGAAGUAGUCUGUAUUUUCAUAUUCUGUUCACUAUCCAAGGUAUUAUUAACUCUUAGUUUGAGAAUGAAAGUGUUUUACUUGUAUAUCAGAUCGAAUCUUGAAGUACUUAAAUUACUUAAAGGGAAAAAUUAAGGUGGCAGUUUCUUGGGAUCUUACUUAGAAAAAGUUAUGAAUAAAAAAUUGAUGCUAUCAAAUUGUGCCUUCCUAGAUAACAUUUUUGAGAGCAUUUUAACAGUUUACAGAUAUAAAUAUUAAAAUCAAAAUAUGAUUUUUUUUGCAAAAUAUAUUUUUAAAAUGUUUUUAGUCUGCUUUCAAACAAGCAUGUUAGUAGGACCCUUAUAGUUACUUGGGAGAAAAAACUCAGCAAAAAGUUGAAAUAUUUUGAAAGAAAAAAUUAUUAUGUGAUAUAAUUACUCAUGCUCAUGAAAAGAUAAUGGUGUUCUAUAUUAACACCAUGGCUAGCUAGAUUAAACUCUGUUCAUAAAGCACUUAUCAAACAUUCCAUUUGAUCUUUGCUGACAAAACAGCAUAAUCAGAUUAUAUGUGGGCAUUUCUGAAUAUUAGGAUAUGGGACAUUAUUGUGAAGUGCCAUAUACCCUGGUCAAAUUUCCAGUAUACAGAUAUAUUACAGUGAUUGGAGUCCAAAGGUAGUGAACACUGAGAAAAUGUAUAAAUGGCAUACCAGUAUUUCCUUAAACUUAGUUAGAAUACAGUGUUACUCAAAAA